AUGCUGAGGACCGAGGCCGGCGGGGCCGGGGGGGCCCCCUCGGCCGGGGGCGCGGCGGGGGCCGGGGGGCUGCGCAGCGCGUCCCCGCACCGGAACGCCUACGAGGCCAGCAUCCAGGCCCUGGCGCCCACAAAGGAGGCCGACGGCGAGGACGGCAAGAAGAGCCGCGGGAAGAAGUAUGGCUCCAACGUGCAUCGGAUCAAGAACAUGUUCCUGCAGAUGGGGACGGCGCCCGGCCCCGAGGGCGCCUGCGACCUGGCCAAGGCCAAGGAGAAGCCGGUGCGGCUCUCCCUGCCCCGAGCCGGCAGCCUGGGCGACGGCGUGGACCAGGGCAGCCUCCUCAAGCUGGGCACCAGCGUCUCGGAGCGCGUCAGCCGCUUCGACUCCAAGCCCGACAAACCCUUCUCGAAGCUGCAGGAGACCCGCAAGAUCUUCGAGAGGAGCCCGCAGGAGAAGGCCACCAGCACCAAGCUGCUGCUGCGCAAGGAGCGCGCCGGCUUCCAGGACCGCAAGCUGGACGUGGUGGUGAGGUUCAACGGCAGCACCGAGUCCCUGGACAAGCUGGACGCCGACGCCGUGUCGCCCACCGUGAGCCAGCUCAGCGCCGUCUUCGAGAAGGCCGACCUGAGGAACAACCUGCACAAGGCGCAGGGCCGGGCGGCCGCGCCGCUGGGCGCCAAGGCGGUGCCCAAGCGGCCCAGGGUGUUCGCGCCCGGCUCGCGGGGCGAUGGCACCGGCGAGGGCACUGCCACCCCGGCCCGUGCCCGGCCGCCCGAGGAGGAGAAGGCGGCGGCGAAGAGCGGGCGGCCGGCGGAGAAGGAGGCGACGGCGCCGAGGGUGCAGGAGGUGUGCAAGAUCAAGCCCGUGGAGGUGGAGGAGAGCGGAGAGGGCGAGGAGGAGGAGGAGGAGGCAGCGGCGGGUGGAGCGGUGCCCGCGGCCCAGCCGGCCAAGGGGGAUGAAGGCCCCGCGGCCCCACGGCCGGACGGGGGCUCGGGAGUGACCGCGGGCGAGGAGGGCGUCAAGGGCGAGCGGGCGGAGGAGGGCGACGGCUCCGAGGAGGCCAAGAAGGAGGACUUCUCCGAGGCCGACCUGGUGGACAUAAGUGCCUACAGCGGGCUCGGGGAGGACUCGGGGGGCAGCGGGCUGGAGGAGGAGGACGAGGCCGAAGGGCUGUACGAGCCCGAGUCGGGCUGCGUGGAGAUCCCGGGGCUGUCCGAGGAAGAGGAGCCCGUGCCCAACCGCAAGAUCCAGUUCAGCACGGCCCCCAUCCAGGUGUUCAGCACUUACUCCAACGAGGAUUACGACCGCCGCAAUGAGGACGUGGAUCCCAUGGCGGCCUCGGCCGAGUACGAGCUGGAGAAGAGGGUGGAGAGGCUCGACCUGUUCCCCGUGGAGCUGGAGAAAGACUCGGAGGGGCUGGGCAUCAGCAUCAUCGGGAUGGGCGCCGGGGCCGACAUGGGCCUCGAGAAGCUGGGGAUCUUUGUCAAGACGGUGACGGAAGGAGGGGCGGCGCACCGGGACGGCAGGAUCCAGGUGAACGACCUGAUCGUGGAGGUGGAUGGCACCAGCCUGGUGGGCGUCACGCAGAGCUUCGCCGCCUCCGUGCUCAGGAACACCAAGGGCAGGGUCAGGUUCCUGAUCGGGCGGGAGAAGCCGGGCGAGCAGAGCGAGGUGGCGCAGCUGAUCCAGCAGACGCUGGAGCAGGAGCGGUGGCAGCGCGAGAUGAUGGAGCAGCGCUACACGCAGUACACCGAGGACGACGAGGAGACCGGGGAGUACGCCACGGACGAGGAGGAGGAGAUGAGCCCCAUGUUCCCCAGCGGGGAGAUGGCCAUCGAGGUGUUCGAGCUGGCCGAGAACGAGGACGCGCUGUCCCCCGUGGAGAUGGACCCCGAGAAGCUGGUGCACAAGUUCAAGGAGCUCCAGAUCAAACACGCCGUGACCGAGGCUGAGAUCCAGCAGCUCAAGAGGAAGCUGCAGUGCCUGGAGCAGGAGAAGGCGCGCUGGAGGGCCGAGAAGGCCCAGCUGGAGCAGAGCGUGGAGGAGAACAAGGAGCGCAUGGAGAAGCUGGAGGGUUACUGGAUGGAGGCCCAGAACCUGUGCCAGGCCGUGGACGAGCACCUCAAGGAGACCCAGGCCCAGUACCAGACCCUGGAGCGCAAGUACAGCAAGGCCAAGCGGCUCAUCAAGGAGUACCAGCAGAAGGAGAUCGAGUUCCUGAAGAAGGAGACGGCGCAGCGGCGGGUGCUGGAGGAGUCGGAGCUGGCGCACAAGGAGGAGAUGGAGAAGCUGCAGGAGAAGAUCUCCGAACUGGAGGCCAAGCUGCAGACUUUGAAAAAUUCCAACCCGACCUAAACCACCCUCAAAAACCGCAGCGAUCCUGGGGGGGGGGCCCCCUCACACCCCCCCCUACCCCCGGCCCUGCCC